CGAUGCAAAGAGAAACUCAAUGUUUUGUCAGUGUCGGUGAUGAACCAAUGGCCUGGUGUAAAAUUACGCGUUAUUGAAAGUUGGGAUGAGGAUAAUUCGCAUGAAAAUAAUUCAUUGCAUUAUGAAGGACGAGCCGUAGACAUCACAACAUCCGAUUGUGAUCGUAGCAAAUAUGGUAUGCUAGCACGUUUAGCUGUAGAGAGCGGUUUCGAUUGGGUAUAUUACAAGUCACGUGCGCACAUACAUUGUUCUGUUAAAUCAGAUGCCAUGCAUCCUACGCAUAUAAGCGGUUGCUUUACACCGGAGAGCACAGUAAUCACAGAGAGCGGGGCUACCAAGCUUAUGAGUGACCUACGCAUUGGCGACCGUGUGCUGAGUAUGAAUGAAAAGGAUGAACCGGUCUACAGUGAGGUCAUACUUUUUAUGGAUCGCAACAUGGAGCAAGUGGAAGAUUUUGUUAAAAUUGGCACGGAAGAUGGCGCAGUAUUGACAGUUACACCAGCACAUCUGAUACUAACAUGGAAUCCCAAAAAGGGACUCAUGGAUUAUGUAUUUGCCGAAGACAUAGAAGAAAAUGAUUUUGUUUUGGUGAAAGAUGCACAUGGCAGCUUGAGUCCACAACGUGUGGUGAAAUUGAGCGCAGUGGUGCGCAAAGGUGUAGUAGCGCCACUCACAGCAGAAGGAACCAUUGUGGUGAAUUCUGUGGCGGCUUCGUGUUAUGCCAUUGUCAAAAGUCAGUCGUUGGCGCACUGGAGUAUGGCACCUGUACGAGUGAUAGCUAAACUCGAAUCAUGGUUAUCGAGCAAAUCUAAUGCGGCAUCUUCAUCGCAAAGUAAUGAAAUUGCAACUCCUAAACUAGACACAACGCAGCAGCAGAAUGGCGUGCAUUGGUAUGCGAAAAUGCUGUACACGCUGAAGGAUUACGUGGUGCCGCGCUCCUGGCGCUAUCAGUGAUAUGUUAUAUAUGCGUUUUAUUGCUAAGGGGCGGGUACCGUAGGGCGCGGCUGUGUUGAGUUUAUUGAAACAUGCUAAAGACACACAACAUGUUUUGUCCAAGUGCUUAACUUUUACUAACAUUUUUGCUAUUGUGUACUUAAAUAUUUUUAUUUCUGUUUUGCCUUUCGAAAAAUCCACUACAAGUAGUUAACAAAGCGAAACACCCUGUAUUAUAUGAAUGGUUUUUUUUGUAUUUU